AUGAGACAAAUAAAUAAUAUCUAUCUCUUUUUUUUAUUUUCAAUUAUUACUUUUAAUGAAAUAAACUCAAGAGAGCCUUGCAUUCAGAAUUAUACGUUUGAAUAUGGCAGAAAUUAUAAAGGAGAUUAUGGAAUGUUAUAUGAUCUAAAUUGUUUAGAUCCAAAUUUCGAAAGGGUUACUGUUAGUGGUCCGCAAAAAAUUAAUAAUAGCUAUACAAAUAAUUUCAAAGAUAAAAAUAUUCCAUCGUUUUACUUUAUUAAUCCUGGAUAUACAAUUUAUAAUUUCCAUCCAACUCCGUUAUCAAAUUCUACCGAAUUUUCAAUUAAUUCCUCAUUCCAAAAUUCAUCUCUGAUUAUUAAAUCAUUUUUUUUAAAAAAUGGUAAUCUUUUAUUAGCUUCAGAUAUAUCAGAUAUUAAGCAAAUUAUUAUGGUAGAUUCAAAAUAUUGUUCCUCAUUAAAAUAUGAUCAAUGUGUACUAUUUAUUGAGUUCAAUGGCAUAUCUGAGCCAACGCUAUUAUUUGACGAUAAUCUUUAUAGACCAUUUUUAAUUAAUGGUAAUCCAAACAAAGGGAAAUAUUACAUAGAGUUAUCAAGAAUUUCAUCAUUACCCAAAGAGUCAUACAGUAUUUAUCUCUUUUCAAAUAGUCUCAAAUAUGAACCCAUUCAUACAUUUAAAGGACUGAAUUACACAGGACAAAUGGUGGCAGCAAAUCCCCCAUAUGUAUAUUACUAUUCUAAACCAAUUACAUAUAUUUUUAUUGAAAUUGAAACCCUACCGGGAAAUUUAGGAAGUCUUAUUGUUCGUUAUCAAAAUUUUGAAAAUUUUGAUUUGGUUAUUCCACUACCAUUCUCAUUUACUUUGAAUGAUGGCAUUGCUAGUUUUUCAAUAGCUUAUCCAGUUUCCCAAUAUUUUGUUCCCCCAACACAAUUGUCAAUUUCAUUCACAAAUGUUAACGACUUUUUUGGAAAGAUAAAUAUGGGAGGAUCAAAAUUAAAAGAUUAUGAAAGCCCAACCAAAUUAAAUGUAGAUUUUUUAAAACCAUUCGAGUAUUCUGAUAAAAUUGCCAUCAGAGUGAGGGCUUCGGACAAAGGUUCAGGAGUUCAAUAUAUUAUAUUCACUUUUAAUUCCACUUAUUCUUUGCAACCAAUUAACUCAAUUAAGUUAUCAAAUAUGGAUUUAGUAAAAGGUGAUUGUUUUAAUGGUAUUUAUCAAGUAAUUGUUCCAAAAUAUAAAAUUCGAAAGUAUUAUGAAAUAGAAAUAAUUGAUCAUGCCAAUAAUUCAAAUAAUAGUAAAGAUUCUACCCCAUUUUUAUUUUUAAGUCCAAUGGAUUUCCAAUCUAUCUUUUUUGCCAGUCAAAGUAGUGAUGUAUCUGAAAAUUCUGUUAAAAAUACAAUGUUUAUAGAACUAAAAAAUAAAUCGAUAGAUUGGUUGGCUUUCGAAUUUAUUCCAAUAUUUGGAGUUAAGCAUGAGCCAUCAUUCAUUAGCAAGUGGAAUUCAUCAAGUACAAUAUAUGAAAUUCAUUUCACGAUUCCUGCUCGUUUGCCACCAGGACCAAUACAAUAUAUUUUGAAUCCUGUUGACAUAGAUAGUUCUACGUUUUAUACAUAUCUUGGCCCUUCUUCUGAAUUAAACAUUAUUUGUGAAAAAACUGAUACAAUUGGACCAUUGGUGACUUCACUAUUGGCAUAUAACCCUGAAACACUAUCGUAUGGUAAAUCUGUUGAAGUUGGGUUUGAAAUACAUUUUAAAGACGAUUUAAAUGGUAUUGCUGAUAUUAAUUUUACUAUAAUCUCAGACAAAGAUAAAAAUGGUUUUGAUUUUAAUUGUAAGCCACCAGAAAUAAAAAAUACUCAUACAUGUUCUCCAAGAUGGAAUGUAACCAUACCACAGACAUUUUACAUAUCCCAAAUGUCCACAAUAGAUAGCAAGGGUUAUUCAACUGAAUAUCCUAAUAUUAAUAAAGUAAACCCAAUGAUGGAAAUUGUAGAAACUGAUUAUAAUAAACUGAUAGUUACAAGUAGUGGUGAAAUGGACACAGAUAUCCCAACGUUGGUUCAUUUCAUUUCUAAUAUAUCAUAUAUAAAUAAUCAAUCAGAUAGAUCGAUUUUAGUUAACUUUACUAUUGAAGAUACCAAUAGUGGUGUUUCAAUUAAAUAUCAACCAACAAUUUAUACAAUCCCAGAUACUUUGAAUAUUCUUUCAUUUCCAUGCAAACACGAAGAGGGUUUGAUCAACAACACCAAAUACCGCCAGGUAAAUUUUUACUGCGAGUUAAUGUUACCAUAUUUAUAUGGCUAUCCAAACGGUUUCUUUUUCCAAAUUCAUGGUGUUUAUGAUAAUCAUUUUAAUUCUGCAGGUUUUUCUUAUGACAAUAGCCCAAGAUUUGGUUUUUUCAUAAAUGUUACAGUUGGUGAUGAUAUACCAUUCAUUGAAUCAUUUAAAACUGAUGAAUCAUAUAUAACCUUAAAAGGUUUUAAAUUUGGAAUUUCACCUAGUGUAAUAUAUAACUCCAACUUCACACAAGAACUAUUAAUAUUUUCUCCUUCCCCUUUUUUAAAUAACAGUUUUAUUCAAUUUAAACCAAAUUUAACCCAAAACAUUAUUGGAGAAACUAUUUUGAUCUACAUUAAUACCUCGGAAGGAAAAUCCAACACUAUUUCAAUUGAAUUGCCAUGUAAAGGAGAGCCAUUAUGUGGUGGUCAGUCUCAAGGAAUUUGCACCCUAAUGGGGUGUAGAUGUAAACCUGAAUAUACCGGGACUGAUUGCUCAUCAAAUAUUAUUAUUAUAAAUCCAAAUAUUAACUUAACCAAACCUGAUGUCCAAUUACCAUACACUCACCAUCAAUCUUUGAUUUCUGUUCAUUCUUUAAGAGAAGUUGAUUUCAAUGGUAAAUUGGUUAAUGAAUAUAUAUUUAAUAAUUGGAGUUAUUAUGGUUCAAAUAAUAGUUUCUCAUAUAUAACAGAUGUCAAUAAUAAAAAUGUACCUGAUAAUAAUGUAAAGGUUGAGGUUUUAAUUAGACAUUAUAAAGAUGGCGGUUUAGUAGAAUUUGCCGGCAAAAAUGUUCCAAUUUUGCUGGGAGCUGUUAAGUAUUAUUUUUCUCUUUCUAAGUAUAUAUUUAAAUCUCAGUUAAAUACAUUACAUUUGGUAAUGCAUGCUGCUGUAGAAACUUCACAAAAAGAAAAUGUGUGCAUGGGUAGUGAGUUUGGAAUUGAUGGUUUGGAACAAGAAUCUCAAUACUUUAAAGUUCAAAUCAAUGGUUUUAGUCUAUAUGGACAAUUUAUGACAAGAGCAAUAAUAGAUGGUAAAUUUAUAUCAAUCAGAAACCUACAGGUUAAUAGUUCAGAUUUUAAAAAAUCUUUAAACACCAACACACAUUCUCAAAUUUAUUUUGCAAUUGAAAUUCCUAAUUAUGAAAUAAGGGCUGAAUUAGAUCCAAACUUUAGUGUCCUCUUGGAAAAUACCAAUAAACCAAAUUCUCAAAAUUUUGUUUGUGUUGGUGGUAAAUCAGGAGGUUUGACAUCUCUGCAAAUGGUUGGAAUUAUAAUAUCUUGUGUGGGAAUGUUUGUGGUUGUUAUUGUAAUAAUUUGUUAUAUUUCAUAUAAAAAAUCAACUUUUCUUCGUAUUAAAGCAAGAUUUGUAUCCUUGAAAUUAAAAAGUCUCAGAGACUAA